AAUAAUCUCAUACGUUUGUAUGUAUGUAUCAUAAUGUGGGUGUGUAUGUGUGCAUGUACAUAUAUUAUUUGUAUGUUUCAAAGCCGGAGAGGCAAGUUGAUAUUACAGGCGUAUUACGAUUGACCGAUUGGCAUGAUAGAAAAAAGAAAAAGAAAACCAAAAGAAAAAACUUAAGAACGGAAUAUGACACAAAGCCAGCGAAACCUCCGUGUGUUCGUAGCAAGUACGUGCUGCAAAUUUUUACAUAUUGCGGCUGCAACAAAACAAUCUUCCACCGUUUCUCGGGAAGAUAAUUUAAUACCUAAGUGUUCACUGUGGUUCAUAGAGUUAAAGAAUCGCGUUAAAAAGGUAAAAAAGUAAAAAAAAAAAAAAAAAAAAAAAAAAAUAGUCACUUUGUAAAGUACACUCGUAUCUUAAGAUUGAAAGUAAAUUCGUUCUUUUGUGGUUUUGUUUUUGUUUUUUGGUACGCAUCUUACUCACGCUCGUCGUUGUACGAUACUUGUGCGAUAUAUUCCAAAGAAUGGAGGCAAGAGUCAGUUUAUACAGUUUUUAAGUGGUGCGCCCCGUAUUGGACAUCACUCACGGUAGGUUCUUUUUUGCUUUCGGUGCUGCAGAGAAUCAAGUAAAACAUCCAAGGAGAAGCGUUACUAUCUAUACAGAGAGAAAAAAAAAAAAAAGAAAAAAAGGUCGGCACGACAUUUAUGUAUAAGGGAUCCUUUCUUUUUUACGUUGCUCGAGAUAUAUAUCCCUGGUUAAGUAUAUAUAUAUAUAUGUACAUAUGUAUAUGUAUAUGCAUACGAAAGGAUCGUCAUACGCUAGACUGUAAAAAAAAAACAAAAAAAUGAUAAGUAUCGUAUUAUUUAAUAUAUCGCUCCUAUAUAUAUAUAUAUAUAUAUAUAAUACUACGCGCGUCAUUUAUAGACUUAUAGUUAAUAUAAAAAAAACAAAAAAAAACAAAACAAAAACAAAAAAAAAUAACGAGCAUUGCCAGCACACGCUAGACACACUGCCGAAAUCUUUGACGAAUUAAUUUUAUUAUCGAUCACAACUAUUAUUUAUUGUUUUUAUUGAGAUAUUUUAAUACUAUUACUAUUUGUACCAAGUAAUGGUGUUCUUCCUUUUACUCCAUUUACUCUCUACCUUCCCGCAUUUUUCAGCAGUUUUCUAGCGAUAUGUUUUCUCCCCCUCUUCCCCCGAUCACUUUACAAACCCUUAAUUAAUAAUACAUAAUUGUCGUCGUUUUCUCUGCCAAGAUAAUCACGCAGGUUUGUAAUUUUCGUGCUCGUAAGAGACGUUUUUACAGAAUCGGUCAAAAGUUCGAGAUCACCGAUGAAAUGUGUGACGUACACAGAAAACGAGAAUUUUAUUUUUGCACAAAUACGUAAGACCAAUCGUUAUACAAUGACAAUUCUAAAGAUAAAAAUUAUUACACAUAUAUUUUCUAUUAUUCUUACGCGAGAAUAUAAAAGUUUAUCUCUCUCGUUUUCCGCAUGUAUUUGCAUAUUUUUGCGAUCUCGAACUUUUAACCAAUUAUUGUAUAUCCAUCUCUCCCUUACUUAAUUACAAACAGGUCAAAUCCUCAAUUAUAACAUAUAUGCGAGAGAAUCUCGCAAGAGUACAUAUCAGCAACGAAUCUUUUUUUUUUCGUCCUGGGAAAAAAUAUCCCAGUGCCACCGGAUAGUGCAAAUUAUUUUAAUUAAUUGAUAUCAAAUACGACUCAGGAUCAGGAAGCACAUUUGUAGAAAGAAGUAACGUACAUCAUAGAAACCGGUGUCAACGACACCGCGAGCGUCUUUAAGAUUAACAUACAGGUGCCAGCAUGUGUGUGUGUGCGAUUUGUGCACACGCACGAUAACUGAAAGAGGCAUAUGCGGGUUUUUAUAAAAUCGUCUGAAUGUGCAUGUGCAUAUGUGGGAUGUACCCACAUAUGCGUAUGAGUACUUGAACGCGACGAAGACGAUGACGUCUUCCGCGCUAAGAUCGAUACUGAUGGUGACGAUAGUGCUGAUCGAAGUUUGCGCUCUCGACGCGCGAGAUGAUAUCGAAGUGAUACUGCUGCCAAUACGGGAUCCGAGAGGCGCGCCGGAGAUUCCGUUAACUUUCAAAGUCUUCGGACGGCUGGUCAGGCUGAAUCUGCGUAGAAACGACAAAAUCGCGUCGCCUCGGUUGCAAGUGUGGAAGCACAGAGGCUGGAACACGGAGGAGCUGUCGCGACUGAACGCGCCGGAUCCGUGCCAUUAUCUUCACGAAGAUCGGAUCGUCUCGGCGGCGAUAAGCUUUUGUCAGGAACGGGGAUUGCACGGGCUCGUCUUCCUGGACAGUUUCACGCUGGAGAUCACGCCGUUGCGACGACGCGGUCCCGCGUUAUCGGCCUUGCUCGCCGACGUCGCUCAGGAAGACUCUCCGCUCGGCGAGCCUCACGUGAUCAAGCGAUCGCCGAGAUCUGGAUUCGUUGCCGAUCUGGAUAACUUCGACGAGUCAACGAGGCAACGUCUCGUGCGAACAUCCGCAACGGAAAGCGCCAACUUGACGUUGGAACUGGCCGUUUUCUUUGACGAGGCUGCGUAUCGUUUGUUCUCUCCGUUUCUCGACAGAGACGACGGGAAAAUCCGCGACAUGUUGCUGGCUUACGUGAACAGCAUUCAGGCGCUAUAUCGUCAUCCGAGUCUCGGUGUCGCGAUCGACAUCUCGCUGGUGCGGCUGGACAUCAUCGAGAAACAGCCGCCGGAUCUGCCGCACUUCGGCGGCGAGAGAGGCAGUCUGCUGGAUUCGUUCUGCGAUUACGCGAGGACUCGCAAUCCUCCGGAGGACGAUCAACCGCGUCACUGGGAUUUGGGUCUGUACGUGACCGGAUUGGAUCUGUACGCGCUCGAGAACGGGAAGCGAAACGGCGCCACCAUGGGACUGGCCACCGUCGGCGGCGUGUGCGUACCGCGUUACUCUUGCGUGAUCGCGGAACUCGGUGUCACCGAUCAAUUCGGAAAACCAUAUCCGUCCGCGGGCUUCACGUCUGUCUACAUCGCCGCGCACGAGAUCGGCCACAACUUAGGGAUGCAUCACGAUUCGAUCGGCAACGCGUGUCCGAAGGACGGCUACAUAAUGUCACCCAGCAGAGGCGUUCGGGGCGAGACGGUCUGGUCCGAAUGCAGCCGCGAGGUCGCGGAGACGCUAUCGCGAACAAAACCCUGCCUCCUGGAUCGGCCCGAGCCGCGUAACACCACGGAUGAUGACGAUCAUACGCGGUAUCGCAAUUUGCCCGGUCGCGAAUGGACCGCCAAGAGGCAGUGCGAGUUGCUUUUGCGUGACAAGGACGCGAACGUGGUCACGCUUUAUCAGGCUUGUCAAUCCUUGCAGUGUGAAACGCCCCGCAGGAGCGGAUAUUACUUUGCGGGACCGGCGCUGGAUGGAACUCACUGCGCGUCCGGCAGAGAGUGCCGCGGUGGAGAGUGCGUGCCCAUUAUCGACAUCCCGGACGAGGACAACUGGAAGGGCAGCUGGAGCGAGUGGAAAGAGGGUUCCUGCAGCAGCGGUUGUCUGCAGAAAUCCAAAGGCGCGCGAGUCCGGCGACGAUUCUGCAAGAACCGCGAUCGCGGAGCGGCGAACUGCAAGGGCUUGUAUUACGACGUGGUUCUGUGCAAGGACGAGAAACUCUGCAAGAAGAAGCGCAGAACGAUCGGCGAGUUUGCCACGCUCAAGUGCGGCCUGUUCAGCGAGCGGCUGUCCGAGCUGGACGGCACGGCGCCGGGAUUGCAGGUGCUGCACGAGUCCGAUCGGCCGUGGAUGGCUUGCGCUAUAUUCUGUCGGCGAAGAGACAUCGCCGCUUAUUACUCGCCGCGCGUCGAGCUCAACGACCUCGGUCUCGAUCCGUAUUUCCCGGACGGCACGUGGUGCUACGCCGAGGACGGCCAGGAUUAUUACUGCCGUCAGCAUCAUUGCCUGCCAGAGAGCUUCCGAUUCGGGAAGAAGUUGCCGAAGGGAAGUCAUUCGCGCGAGGACGCGGGAGACUUGGGACCACAAAACGCGCAUAACAAUCUUCCGAACCGAUUCAUCAAGUACCUGACGUUGGGCCCGACCGGUUUGCCAUUGAUGACCUCCGUGUCGCGCGGCAUCGCUUCUCCGCCCGACGAAGACGAAUGGAUCGAUAAAGAUUACAUAGAACUGCCAGUAUCCGCUUAAGUUUCUUGAAUCUUGUCCCUCUCCUUUUCCUACUGGUUAUCGAAAGUUUAACAAAAAAAAUGAGGUUUUAUAAACAUUUCAUAAAAUAUUUUAUAAAAAGAAAAAAAAACAGAAAAAAAGGAAGAAACGAUACCGUAGUCAGUUUACGCUCUUAUAUGGAAAGGAAAAACAGAGAUAUCGCUAUACGCGGAGUGGACGCGCUUCUUCCCUCGCUUCGUACGGAAAAGCGUCUCGGGAGAGGGAUACGAUGAGAGCGAUAUACGCGUGACGUCACCCACUUUGCCGUCUAUUUUAGGAGUGUCGCGAUGUUACGCUCGUAUAUUUGUGUACAAAUACAGGAUAGGGGAAUUGAGGGCAAUAGAGAGAAAAUAUACGAUAUGUUGAGUCGUGUGUGUAACUUAAUUAAUUAUAUUAUAUAAUAUAUAUAAGCGUACAAAUAAUUAAUCAACCAUUAAACUUAGGAUUACAUUACGUAACGGGAACAUCGGCUCGACGUCAAACUUAUGACAAUUGGAACCGAUCCGCGCGCACACACACGCACACACACACACACUCUCUCUUUCAUUAUAGACAGAGUAUGUACGAAAAGAAACCAACCUACAAAGACCUAAGGCAAAAAUGUUCUGCUACAGUUUUGUUUUUUGUUUUUGUUUGUUUUUUGUUUUUGGCUGUCCCUUUUCGAUGUGUUUUCAAUUCACCGGAUAAACGCAACAUCGCUAAAAAAUACAAAAUGCUCGAUAAUUGUUACGCGAUUGACUGCUUAUCACUGUUCAGUAGCCUUCGUACAUAUAAUCGUAAAACGCAUAUACGCACCCACGCACGCAUUUACAGACGUACACAAUAACUACAAUGUAAUUGAGGAAACAAAAGUAAUCCGGACACGACAAUCACACGAAUUUGGCGUUACAAUAAACGCGAACUUUAUGAUUC